CCCAGGUGAGCUGAAGAUGAGGCCAGGUUCACGUCAUGGCAGCUUCGAUAGUCGUCGCAACCUGGUCCAGCCCUUGGACAUUGAUGUGGGUAGCUUGACAGCGCCGGAGCAUUUGUUCACUCCGACGCGGAAGGAAACGUCCCAGAUCUCAGGGGGCACCCCGACGCCGCCGGGGGGAUACUACACGCCACAGCAGCUGACCCCACAACAGCUGACCCCCCAGCCGCCGACGCCACAGCAACACACCCCUGAAGCUGUUCGAAGGGCUUCCUCCUCGUUGCUGGAUGAAGUUGACGACGACACCCCGGUGAUGGAUGAGGCGUCGCCAUCGCCCAGUUCGCCGCUGGCUGGGAAGCAGCUGCAGCGUGAGGCCUCGGCCUCGAUUUUGUGUCGUCAAGCCUCGGAGUUGCGUCGGGACUCCAGUCAGGCGCAGCUCACGAACUUGAGUCAGUUGGGAGCAGAAGAAGAGGAUGAAAAACAUCAGUCACUUCGUACCUUUGAUACGGCCUACAUGUUGCUGGGAGAUCAACCACUAGGAGAGGGCUCCUUCGGCCUCGUCUGGCGCUGCCAGAGCCGGAAGUGCGAGGGCGACGCGGCAGGCGGCAGCGGUGAGCGCGCCGCUAAGCGCAUCGCCAAAGCGAGGCUGGCGCCCCGCGAUGUGCGAAAUCUGUUUGGCGAUGGACAUUUGGAAGGUGAGAUCAAGAUGCAUUUGGGCCUAUCUCAUCCUCAUAUCGUAGGCCUCUACGAAGUUUUUCAAGAUGAUGAUGUGGUGUCACUGGUCAUGGAGUGCUGCAAUGGUGGCGAUUUGUUUGACCUCAUCGCGUCGCACGCGCCGCAAGGUGGUCUUGCGGAGCCUUGCGCGGCGAGGGUUCAGGUGCAUAUUUUAUCUGCCUUGAACUAUCUGCAUGGGCUGCCAGUAGUGCACCGUGAUGUCAAGUGCGAGAACGUGCUCUUAACACAAAAGGGCGUUGCGCCAGAGCAGAACGUCUUCAAGCUGUGUGACUUCGGCUUCGCGGCCCGUCCCCGCCCGCCCUCCUAUCGCCUUCACACACGGAUGGGGUCUCCGGACACGGUGGCACCGGAAGUGGUGAGGGGCGAAGCGUACUGGACCCCUGUAGAUUGCUGGGCGGCAGGUGUGUUGCUCUACAUGUCGCUAUCAGCUACGCCGCCCUUCUAUGCACAGUCAGAUGCCGAAGUCUUGCAGAAGGUUAGAAACUGCAUUUACAAACUCGACGGAAGGCGAUGGAAUUUCGUAUCGGAUGAUGCCAAGAAUCUGAUUCGAGGUCUCAUGAAAUUCGAAGCAUCAGCUCGUGCUACAGCAGUUGAGGCGCUGGAUCACCCCUUCCUGCGACAAGCACGGCUUGAGCUGUCCGAUGCCUCGUUCUAGGACGAGGUGAGCAUGGAAUCUGAAUUGAGUUUCUAAGAAUAGUUUCAAGUUGCAAAGUGCAGAGGUGAGAUGCACGACGGUUCCGGCUGUCGGCCGCGCACGGUGUACCACGUGUACCGGUGCCCACUGGUGACCAUCGGUGGUCCGGUAGGCCUGGGAUGACUGCCGACAGGUCGACUAUGAUCUGUUCAUUUCGAAGUGUUCCCCCGGCCGAGUCUGGAUGGUCAGGCGAUUUUGAAC